CUCCGUAUUGUAGCCUACGUGCGCUUCGGUUUUCCCUUUGUCGUCACAGAGGGACUUUCCUGUCGGUAGCUUCAUGUAUGGGGAAGCGUUUCUCCUCAGCAGUAAAGGACGCACAUCAGAUGAAACAUGAUAGAAACAGUUCGUUUAUUUCAGCUUAUAUUGGUUUUGGAAGGAGUCAGCAAUGUCAGGAUGGUUGCACCCCCAGACAACGUGACCAUCCUCUGCCAGAAUGGCAGAAACAUUGCCUACUGGAACCACACUGGACCCUCGCUGGAUCCGGUCUUGUUCUCAGUGGCGAUUAAAGAUUAUUGGGAUGGCGCGACAUUAAUUAAAUCCAACACAUCCGAACAUCAUAUCGACAUGUCCUUAGCCACGCCGCCUACAAAAAAGGGCAUAUACAUUUUCACUUUGGCGGCCUGUGAUGGAUCCAGUGUAUCUGAUGAAGUUAUUGUAAAAUUCAGCUAUGGCCGUGAUUUUUCAUCUGACGUAGCCUGUUUCAUGGACCUCUCGAGGCCAAACGUGACGGUUGGGACCAAUUUGGUCAAGUUCGGAUUUGAAAAUCCCGCGACAGCCCUUGUGCCUGUCGAUGAAGGUGAGCCCUAUGACCUCGAGGGGAAUUACACUGAAGGACCUGAUGAAGAGGAAGUGCAAUUUUACUACGCUGUCUACAUCAAUUAUGAGAAGCAACUUGACGAUUUACAGUGCUCCCCGGUGGCUGAAAUAUGCCAUGGCGAGAUACAGCGGAGUGCAGACUCAGGAAACUGCACCCUGGAGAUAGAGGGAUACCUUGACAGCGUGCGCUAUAAGUCCUCCACAGACAUAUGCAACUAUGCAAAGGGUUCUUGGACCAUCUAUCUGUUGGUGGUGAGCUGCAUCAUGGUCUUGGUGACACUAGUGGGCAUUCUCCUGGGUGCACGGAAAGUGGUCAAGACUAUGAUAGAACGCACAAGCGCCAUGAUGCCCGGUUCUUUAAAAUCCAAACCAGUGGCAGGUUCCCAAUGCAUUCUGCAACCUGAGUCUUCCGUUGCCAGCCAGGUCCAGACGGGCUGCACUCCUCUGCUUCAAUCGCCUGAGGACUCCCCCGACGUCACCCCGACGGCCGUCACGCCAUCCAGCUGCCAGGAGAAGACCCACUUCCGGAUCCCCGCUCCAGCCACCUCCAGUGAGGAUCAACCAGGGGACGGUUAUGAGGCCCGUCUCAAGGCUGAGCCACACCCCCAACUACGACCUCAGGGCUGUGAUGUCAGCAAUGAUGACGGCUACAUGCAGAGAACGAGAAUCACCAACAACACUUCAGACAGCCCUCGCAGCUCCCUCGUCAUUGAGAUCUCUCUAGGGAACUGAAGAAGUGAAGAUCUCAUGGAGCUUUGUUGCCAAAAACAUCAUCUUAAUUCUAUGCCACACAUUGUGCCUUUCAAAUCCUUAGGUAAUGGAUGUGUUUAAGUUGACGGUGUAGUUGUUGAGCAUUUAUAAUCCCUAAACGGUAAACCUAGCAAUGGUUCAUUUUCUUUUUUAUCUUUUGAAAUUGGUGACUUGUGGCUUGCUUUGUAGGGUGUUAUUUUUCGCUAUUAGCAGAAGUAAAGCAAUAGAUAUUUUUCAUAAUGUAAAUCUACAUGGAGAUGACAUACACAUGCAUUUCAUUGAACAGAAUCGAAUGUGGGGUCUCUCAAGCAGUUAUUGAACUACCACGACAAUAUUUCAUUGUUUUUUUUCAAAACCUAAUUUUUAUAUUAUGUAUGGCAGUGAAACAUCCUACUUAAAGUUCAUGGUCAAUAUUCAAAGUGACCAAUCAAAGUCAAAGACCAACCAAUUAAAUGCCAAUGCCGCGCCUAACCCUUUUUAUGGCAGGGAAAACCCAAAGUAUAGGUAUCAGGUUCUGUUGUUAGUUUGGUUUGAUUGAAUAGUUUCCGUUAUCCUCAUCACCAAGUGUUUAUGUGAAAAAGUGAAAAUUGUUAUGGGUAUGUUGUUACUUUUUUUUAUAAACUUCAGGAGGUCUCAUCCUCCUCUGCUACCAGUCUCCAUUAAGGAGGUCAGUGUGGAGGUGCUCAACACCUA